AUGUCUAGGAGUACCUCAGCAAUCACCAUCCUACAGUGUCUCGAGUACCAAGGUCCGCCCAACAUGAAAUACUCACUUGUACUUCCGCUCCUUGCUACGACCGUCCUUGCGGCGCCAGCCAUCGAACAGCGCCAGGACGCCACAUGCAAUGUUCCAACUACCUUCCCUACUACUGCCAACGCCAAGUUGCCAAACCCCUUCAAGUUCUUUGACGGAAGGGCUGUUGCCACCAAAGCCGACUUCGCAUGCAAGAACAAGGAGGUUAGCGCUGCUAUACAGGCACAGGAACUUGGUGACUUCCCCAAGAAGCCAUCAAGCGUUACUGCUACCUUCUCUGGAUCCUCGCUCUCCAUUACCUCGACUGAGGGCGGAAAGUCGGUUACUUUCUCGGUCUCUAUCAAGAAGCCUAGCGGGACUGGACCUUUCCCAGCCAUAAUUGCAUACGGCGCUGCCAGUCUCCCUGUUCCCAGCAACGUUGCGACAAUCACCUUUAACAACGAUGAAAUCGGCCAGCAACAGGGUGGUAGCAGCCGUGGAAAGGGCAAAUUCUUUGACUUGUACGGCUCCAGCCACAGUGCUGGUGCUCUCACUGCUUGGGCAUGGGGUGUUGACCGCAUUAUGGAUGCUCUCGAGGCUACUCCUGGUGCUGGUAUCGACCCGAAGCGCGUUGGUGUGACUGGUUGCUCUCGCAACGGCAAGGGUGCUUUUGUCGCCGCUGCGCUUGUCGACCGCAUUGCUCUGGGUCUUCCUCAGGAGUCUGGUUCUGGUGGUGCCGCCUGCUGGCGCAUCUCCGACUCUGAGAAAGCCAAGGGAAAGAACAUCCAAACCUCUAGCCAAAUCGUUGGCGAAAAUGUAUGGUUCUCCACAAGGUUUAACUCCUUCAGCACCAAGUCCAACACCCUGGCCACCGACCACCAUCAGCUCGCCGGUAUGGUUGCUCCACGUGGUCUGCUCGUCAUUGAGAACGAGAUUGACUGGCUUGGCCCUGUAUCCACGACCGCUUGUAUGAAGGCCGGUCGCCUCAUCUACAAGGCCCUUGGUGUACCAGAUAACAUGGGCUUUACAGGCUCCGGCAACCACAACCAUUGCCAGUUUCCAUCCAACCAGCAGGCUGACCUUACUGCGUUCAUCAACAAAUUCUUGCUCGGCCAGAGCUCAAACACUGCCAACAUUGAGAAGGGCCCAUCAGGCGCUGAUGCGGCGACAUACAUUGACUGGACUGCCCCCACGCUUACUUAG